GACCCACAAUUUGUGUUAUCUUUGUUGAUCUUUACAAGCAAAGUCUUUUCUGUCCAAAAAUUAUCGAAAAUUCACGCAAAAAAUGGACAGCAGCGAUGAAAUAGACGAUAAUCCCGCUCGUGGAAGCUUGACUGGCGGUGGUGUUCCAAGCAGAGUCCGACGAGCGUUUUCUCCUCCAAGCUCUCUGGAAAUAAUCCCAGAAUCGAACCGUCAACCAAGCAGAGCCCCAGAAACUUUUUCUUCGUCAAAUUCUUCAAUUUCCGACGAAGAAUCGGCAUCAGAAAGUCCCUCGGAAGAUUCGUUGGACGAUGAAAGUUGGAUAAACAUGGAAACUGAAUCGGAUUCUGCGAAAGAAACUGCAACUGAGACAGAUAACGAGCACGAAGAAGAUUCAAAAAUGGAAAGUACUUCGGAUUCUAACGAGGAAUUGUCACCCGAAAGUGCUUCAGAUGAAUCGUUGGCGAAUGAAAGCGGAACUGAAACUGAUGACGAACGCGGAGGACGCCAGUCACUUGCCGAUUUAGUCGAUGUCAUUCAAGGAAUGCGAUUUUUCUACGGGAUAACGGUUGGAAAUUUGGCUGAAAGUGGUUCUAAUGGUGGUCAAAGUGCCCCUCUGAGAUCCAUCAGAUACGUCGAAGUUAUUAAAAUCAAAACCUUCAUUUGAAAAAGUUGACUUUUUUCGCGUAGAAUUUAAGUUUUGAUGUAAUUUUUGUUCGAAGAACGUGAAUUUUUUUUCGUAAAUGAAGCUCGACUAUUUAAAGUUUUCUUUGUCGAGCCAUUAGAUUUAA